AUGGUGUUGACGCGAGAAGAGGUUUCGGCUUCUUCCACUUCGUCCAACCGACUUCGACCCGCGAGCGCCGGAGCUCCAGAUCCUUUUCCUGCGACCAGGGGUUUUCAAAGCCAGGAGGAACCUACUGACGCUUCCUUCCUCUCGGACAGAAACGCCUGGGGCAGGCUCGGAGCGGACGGACGGGAGUCUUCCGCCGAGUGUGGACGCACACCGGACUCAGCGUCUUCCGCGUAUUCUCACUUCCGCCGUGAGAAAGCAACAAACCCUUGGAAUGUCACCGGAGAAGAGAGGACUGACACGAGCACGCACCCGAGCCGGGCAAUGUCUCAGGCGUGCGGUUCGUUCGCCGGGUCGCUUCGCGUCUCGGGGCAGGAAAUGGAGAGGCCGGGAAAGCCGCAGAGGAGCGCAGUCCUGCCAAAACGAAACCAUAGCAGACCGCUGGUGCCUUCCGCUGCUACAGAGCCACGGGGGGACAGGAUGGCCGUGGCGCCGUCUCGGCGGAGAUCGCCUCGACUUGAGAAAUUCGGUUUAAAGAGAGGAAUCGACGGCAGCGGCAGUGCUUCGCCAGUGCUCGGACGCCCCGCUGCCUGGGCGAACGGGCGCGCUCCAUUGUCUUGCUCCGCCGCUGAGCCUCCUGGACGGAAGGAUACAAAACACGUUUGCAGGGGAUGCUCACGUGGAGUCUGUCUCUGCUGUGUAGCAGCAAAACAGCGCGCCGGAGGAGAGCUGGAGAAAAGUGCGUCAAUCGCGUCUAGAGGGCGGAAACAAAUGGCUCCAGCGGACACAAAGCACAUCACAAACGGGAAGGGCGCGCCAGAGAGGCGGAGCUCUCGACCCUUGGCGACUGCGUCGCGAGUGAACCGUGCGACGGCGAGACUGAGGGGGGAAGUUGAGUCAGGCAGCAGUGAGCCUGUAGCUAGACCGUCUGAGGGACCAGCAGAACACGCUCAAGGGUCUCACAUGGGACUGACGGUCAGCCUGUCCACCAGACACUACCCAAAGGGGCAAGGAGCUGCACGGGCGGAUGAGGCACAAGAGCCUCCUGCGUCUGCCCCCUGUUCUCGUCCCAUUUUCUGCACGCCGACAGGAGGGACGUCGCGGGCUUCAUCAACUGCUGACGGCCGGCUAAGCUUGGAACGUACUACGCUUUUCUGUCGAACCCCUGCCUCCGACUGCUCAGUUUUCUCCGCCACGCCAGGCGACCGGCCGUUUGCUUCGCCCUCGUCUUUUCCGUCCACUACUGCUCCGCCUCCUAGUCGGCCGCAACCGACGCCUGCCUCAGCCACCAGCCCCGGCGAGCCGCCUGCGUCGAGUGUGCCUCUCUUCCAGAGCCGUAGAACCACUUCAGCAAUCCCGUUCGGAGCCACCAGCAUGCUUGCGAGUUUGCAAGGCACCCCUGUGACCCGCUCUCCUGCCAGAGACCCUCCGCCCCUGUCUCAAUGGCCUCUGCGACGCUCCUCCGCUGCGUCAGCCGGUUACGAGAACGAGGUUUCCUGCCUCAGUGUGAAACGAGUCGCAGCAAGCACGGCGAGAAAUGGCUGCCGCGCGUUGGAAACGAGUCCGUUGCCGUCUCAUGAGGAGGCAGAGGAUGGUUCCGCGCGAACGACUUUUGAGGCAGGAACACCCUUACAGUGCCAGCGAGGGCAGAGACGCACACGUAGUCCGAUCCAUUUUACUUCAGGCCACUUCUCUCUUGCUUCGGAGACUAGAGUCAAGAGUGGUGGGACCCGAAGAAUGAUUGAGGCGACUGGCACUCCCGAUUGGGGCGGAGUUCGACACCACGAAGGGCAGGCAGCACCUCCGCCCAGCCAAAACAGCACUCAGCAAGAAACUGAAUUCUCAGGGGAGAAUCAAGAAGGCGCAAGCUUCAGGCAGGCAUUCACUGGACGGCGUGUAACUUCGCAUGGGAACCAGGAGCCAACGUCCGGAGGAGGAUGGAGAGUGGAGCAGGAGCAUCAACCGAGCGAUCUGUCUUGCUCACCGCGAGGACUAGGCUCCAUCCACCCAGGAUUGUGUCCCGAGUCCGCACCUCUACGUUCCUUAAGAGGCAGCGACGACCCGGAUGGGACACACUCGCGAAAUACAGAGCGGCGCACCCGCAGCAAGAGACCAAGGGAACCCUCUGGCCGAACGCAGGCGGAGAUGCCAGUCCUGCUCGGUCGUUUAUCCGUCAGAGCCGACAGAGGCGUCGAGAGUUCUGGCGUUUCCGUCUGCGUGCCUCACGCUGACGUGAGGGGAGCAGCAGCGGCAACGGCGCGCAGCAGAACGGACGGCGCUGCGAGCGACAAAGCAGCUGCAGCUGAUGCCGUCUGCGGACUCGCGGACCAGAAGCAAGGAGCCGAGCGGAGCUGGUGCGCAGCCGCAGAGCGGGUAGACACAGGAGAGGAUCGGCGAUGCAAGCAGAGUGUCGGCGAAUCGCAGGAGGUGAUGCCAGCCGGCGAGAAGAGAGAGUGUGAGGAGGGCAAGGGCUCGACACACAUGGGCCGUCAAACUGCACUGCGUUCAAGGCACGCACGAAGUUCGUCGCGCAUUUCGUCUCUACAUCGAGCCACAUACAGAAGAGAGAACUGCACAGAGUCGUCUGCCCGCGUUCGACGUCAACCUGAAAGGCAGACGUGGCGCAAUAGUGACGACGAAGAAAACCGUGAGAGACAGGAAUGCGGCCCCAGCGAAGGUGACGAAUGUGAAAAGACGCGUCCGUUGCGCGGGAGCGCACUCGGGACACAGCAGCAACCUACGGAGUCAGAGGAGGUGCGGCCGACACAGGCUUCUUGCGCCGCAUCUUCUCCCUCGUGCAAUCGAGAGAAAGGCUCUCCUACUGCGGGUCGCUUUUCAGAAAGAGGAGGCGGCGCCAGGCAUAACACGCAACCGGCUGCAGUGCUGGAUUCUCCUUUACUUGCUACUUCUUCGGUUGCAGGUCGCCUGUCGUCAAAUGUGUGUGCGUAUUCGUCACUGCGUGGAAAUCCACUGGAAUCGCCUCAAAGCUCCCUUCGGAGAGCCUCGUCCCUUCGGAGAGCGUCGUCCCCUCGGGGCGGAACGGAGUCGUCUCUUUAUCUGAAGGGUCGAAUCAAGGAACCGUGGAUGCAGCGUGAAGCGAGCUCUUCGCAGCUAGGCGGCCUGAGAUCCGAGACCGAGUUCGCCGGGAAGAAUCCGGUCUACGGACAGGAAACGACUGCGCAGGCAGUCCUGCGUUGCAGAGAGGACUCCUUCCAACUUCAGUGGAGCCGGGACUGGGCGUCGCGUGAACCGGCCAGGCGGGAUCCGGGAACGAAACAGGGGUGGCGCUUCCUCAGGGACAUCCGCACGUUUGCAGACGAUUCUCAUUCUUCGCUGCUGUCCACGAAUGCACAGCGACAAAGGACGAAGGCAGAGGAGAACGGAAGGAGCAGUUUUUCGGACCGGUGCAUACAGACUCCUAUCACGCGUUCGAUCUCAGCUCCCGGCUGCGAGCCGCGGAGCCCCGGUCGGUCGCAGAGGAACGGCACCGAUCUCGGAGACAGGAGACCGAAGGCAGAGGGACGGCGACCCGUGAUUUCUGCGCCUGACGGCUUUGCGAGGUCGGAGGCCGCGCGCAGUGCGUUUCCCACGCUCUGCCUCCCUGGGAGGGAGACUGGGCGGAUGGAGCGAGGGCCUCGCCCGAAAGACAGAGCAGCGAGCGAGAGAACGGACGCCAUCGCGGGUGGUGAACAACCCCUCUCGCGGGACAUGCUAGCCCGAAGCUUUCGGCGCUCCCUUCGCUUACCGUCGAUGACCAGUCACUUCGGCGAGCCUACGGCGACCGCUGACAGAGCAGAGCCGGAGGGACCGCGGUUGCCGAAGUCUGCGAGGUCUCUUUCCUCGCCUUCGCUGUCUGAUUCCUUGUCCAGCUGCACAUAUUUCUCCAACCGGGUGGAGCAGCCCUCCCACUGCAGCAGAGCCUCAGACCCAGGCCCUUCCUCUCCGUGUCGUCCCGCGUUGCCGUCGCAACGAAACAACCAGAAACCCAGCAACAGCAUCAGCACCUUCUCGCAGCGAGCUUCAGCUGCUCCGUCUCCCGCCGGAGAGCGGCUGACUUCAGUGCUUGCCAGAGCCGACGAAUCUGUAGGCGCGAGAGUCAGUGGACACGCGCUGGAGGCGACAGGCGAUCGCCGUAAGCGAAUUCCGUCAGCUGCAAGCAAAUGCGAAAACCGCCUGUCCAGGCCUCAACAUUACGGCAUCCGCGUGGUAAGCCCCCGCAGCCCUGGCUCACCGGGUUCCCCAACAUCCGUUCGCCAGCCGUUGUCAGAGGCAAGCUCUAGGGCACUGUGUGCGUGUUUGAGGAUUCCAAGGGGCAGCUCUCGGAUGAGCGUGCGGAGGAGUGGCGGCACAAACAGAGGAGCGGGGAAACAAGGAAUUAGUCUGUCGUCCAACAACACGGACGAAACCGUUGGCUGCUCGAUUGACGAGCGUAUUGGACGCAUGGAAGGUCGCCACAUUUACCACGAUGUCGAGACUUAUCCAUCAGGUGCCCGGGAGGGGCUUGCAUCUCAAGCGGGAACGCAAGCUGACCAAGCGCGAAAAAGCGUGGAGGCCGUCAUACUCCCCCCACACCAGUCACGGCCCAGCUUCCUGAUUAGUCCCACAUUUAGUGCCCCGUUGCCCCCGCGCCGAACUCCUUCGUUCGACGGGGGUCGUAGUCUGGCAGUCGAUGCCGAGAAAGAAGCCAAGGCAACAGCUGAGGGUGAAAGGACGCGAGAGCAACUCAACGCACGAGGAACUACGGCCUACAUCAGUGAAACUUGCCGGCCGAAGCUGGAGGCGGGAGAGCGGCGGUCGUGCUCCAGCCCCUCUCUUCGGACUCGCUCCGCUUGCCUGCAUAUUUCUGCAUCGGGCAUCGUUCGUUGGGGAACCGUCACCGCGGGAGGCCGUGACGCGGACGGCCGGAGUGCGACAAAGCCAACGCUGGUAGAGCUGACUGCAGCAGACAGCAGAGUUCUGCAUCAAAUCCGAAGCGCCACACCUGGCGCGGCGUCGUGGACGGUGGGAGCAGAAAAACGCUUUUGUGGAGAUAAUGCCCUUGACGGCAGCACGGGCGGCUCGCCUUCCCCGCAGGCUUCUCCAGGCCCUGAGAAUGUCGACGGCCAGCAGGCGCUCAAUCCAAACUACCAGCAUCGACCUGGGGCUUCCUCCCGAGAUUCAAUGGUUGACUCAAAUUCUCCGCAAGAGCCUCGCGGAUCGAGCCGGUGCAAUGUGUGGCGGUUGAACGCGAGAGAGGAUCGAGGCGGAGAGCGCCGUGAGUCAAGAAUGCACAGUUCAAGCCACGUACAACGAGACGACUCUAACGCAUAUGAUACACAGAGUGUGUUCCCAGAGGAACAAGGUGCCAUAUCUGAGAGAGCCCGCGGCGCAGAAAUUCCCGUUUCCCGCUACCACGCGGCGCGUCGCUUAUCUACGGCCCUCCUACACAGGCGCGCCGGCAGCACUGAGCUUGAGACAGAGUGCCAAGGCUCACACGUGGUCACGCGCUCUUCCUUUGACGAUACUUCUGUCGUGCGCAGAACUGUGUGGGAAGUGCGCCCUGGUCGAUCCGUCUGCAGGUGCCCGGUUCAGCCGGACGCAACCCAGCCCGCCUCUGCGCGCUCCUCUUCAGGCGCUAUGGGAGGACAGAAAUCAACACAUUGCGUGGGCGCCUCUGUCAAGCUGCAGCGAGGAGCGGGCGCAGCGUUGUGCGUGGAGCUCGUGCCGUGCGGCCUCUGCGGUGGCUUCCCUGAAGCCCGGUUUGUGAGCGAAUACGGAAAUGCACUGUGA